UCACCCUUGCAUUAGUCGUAUCCUUUUGCGAUAUUUGGCAAACCACUCGACCACGACCACGACCAUAUUAAAAACUUGGGACUAAAGAUUUCUGUCUUUAGCUCUCGUUGGUUAAACAUUUUUCCUCACUCGAUAGAUGUAUAUAUUUUUCCAUUGAGCCGAGAGUAGAAUAAUUCAUUUCUAAAAUGACAUGGUCCGCAAGCAGUUGUUUCUUUACUCUGUUCGUGCUGUACCUUUGGCGGGUUGGAGACAUCGCAGAAGCUUGCAAAUGCCGCACUCCGCAUCCUCAACAGGCUUUUUGCAACGCAGACGUCGUGAUCAGGGCAAAGGUGGUUGGAGUGAAACUUGUGUCUGGUAACAUCCUCAAGUAUGACAUCCAACAGAUCAAGAUGUUCAAAGGUCCUGACCGGGUUAUCCACGCCAUCUUCACUGCAUCCUCCCCAGCCGCAUGCGGCGUGACUCUGGAAAUCAACAAGGAGUAUCUCUUCAUAGGCAUGCUGGAGACUGGAAGGAUGUACAUAACACUGUGUGGCUAUAAUCUGCCCUGGGAGGACUUGAGUGCCGGACAAAAGAAGAACUUGAAUCACCGCUACCAAAGUGGCUGCGAUUGCAAGGUCAUCCACUGCAUUUCCCUCCCCUGUCCGACCAGUGCCACAGAUGCAUGCCUGUGGACAGACUGGGGGACUGACAAUGGCCGUAACCUUGCCUGUAUCAAGAGGAGAGAUGGGACUUGUGAAUGGAAGUAGUUCCUGGAUAUUGAAAACUCCUUAACUCUAAAGGCUAUCCACUCACUGCUCGAUGACUAAAGAUGCCUGUAAUUAAUAAGAUUAACAGAAAGCUGCAAUUUGUUUUAAAUGAACCAGAAUUGCUUACUGGUAACUUCUACAAAUGCAAUAAAAACAAACUAAUCAAA